CACAUGCGUGGUGGUGCUGGUGUGAGCAUCACGACAUAAGAGUGCUGCACAUGCGUGGUGGUGCUGGUGGUGGAGUCAUCAUCACAACAUAACAGUCCUCACCAUGUUGUUACUGAGGUUGUGUCUCCUCUUAGCCACUACCUCCCUCACCCUCCACGAGAAUGUAGGAGAGGUGCUGGUACCUUCAGCAGUGCUCGAGUCGGUAGCUCAGAAGUUCGUAGCGGAGCGGAAUAAUUUGUUGUCCCAACAGUGUACCAAGACAAUCACAGCAGCAUGGAACUACCAUACCAACCUCACCCUCCACAACAAGCUGAUCCUGCUGGGGGCGCAGGAGGACUACAGGGUCCUACAGAAGGAUUCGUGGAUGUUGGCACAGAGCUGGAAGGAGGUGAAGCACCACCUUCAGGAUCCCUCCCUCAGACACCAGCUGAAGAUUAUGCUGGUCCUGGGUCCCGCAGCGCUCUCCUCUCCCUACCUGGCUGCGUAUCUAAGAACUGUGGAGGGGAUGAAGGAGGUGUACAGGAGCGCCUCUGUCUGUGACUACUACACCCCCGACCUCUGUGGCCUCACCCCCCAGCAAGGAGUGCAGGAGAUCUUCAAGAAGAGCACUGACGCAGCUGAGUUGGCAUAUAUCUGGAGGUCGUGGAGAGACCAGACUCGUGGUAUACGCAAAUCGUACCGUCGCUACAUGGACCUGGCCAACCUUGCGGCCCAUACCAACAAUCUGGUCAACAAGGUGGAGUUGGAACUAGGUGAGUACGGUGGCGGAGGCUUCAGGCAAGACCUGCAGGAGGCGUGGCAGCAGCUGAGGCCACUCUACCUCCAGCUUCACGCCUACACCAGGAGGAAACUCCGUCAGGUGUACGGGCCCCAGGUGGUGACGGAGCGAGGCCCCUUACCUGCCCACCUUCUGGGAGACCUGUGGGCCCAGCAGUGGAAGGUUUGGGACCUCAUCAUACCUUUCCCUGGCAAGACCAACCCCAACGUCACCCUCGAGAUGAAGAGACAGUGGUACACUCCGAGGAGGAUCUUCCAGCUGGCUGAGGACUUCUUCACGUCUUUGGGUCUGCCACGUCUUCCAGCAUCCUUCUGGCGAGACUCUCUCCUACAGAAGCCCCGUUACAGGGACGUCCUCUGCCACGCCUCAGCCUGGGAUUUCUGCAACGGCAAAGACUUCAGGAUGAGUCAGUGCACGGAGGUGCGACAGGAGGACCUGUCUUCCACCCACCACGAGAUGGCCCACGUCCAGUACUUCCUUCACUACCGUCAUCUUCCUUACACCCUCCGCCAGGGUGCCAACCCAAGUUUCCAGGAAGCCCUGGGUCACGUCGUACAGAUGAGUGCCUCCACGCCUCAACACCUGCAGAAACUGGGACUCCUGCGAGGGCUGAAGGAGGACCGAGAGGUGGACAUCAACUUCCUCCUGCAGGAAGCCACCGAUAAACUGACUUUCAUGGCUUACGCUCACGUGAUGGACUCCUGGCGCUGGGAUGUCUUUGACGGGACCAUCCAUGACAAGGACUGGAACUGUGCUUGGUGGGACCUCAGGUUCACCGUGCAGGGGGUCAAGCCUCCAGAGCUGCGCACUGAAGAAGACUUUGACCCAGCAGCCAAGUACCAUGUGGUCGCAGACCUAUCCUACACCAGAUAUUUUGUGAGCCUUGUGUUGCAGUUCCAGUUUUACAAGGCUCUGUGUGUGAGGGCCAGUCAGUAUGACCCUCUCCAGCCCUCCACACCUCUCCAUAAAUGUGAUUUCUACCAGUCGAGGGGCGCUGGUGAUGCUCUGAGGACCAUGAUGAAGCUGGGACGGUCGAAGCCAUGGAGCGAGGCUCUUCAAGCACUGACGGGGAACAGCAAGCUGGACGCCUCGGCCAUGAGGGACUACUUCAGACCCCUGGAGGAGUGGCUGAAGGAGGACAAUCAACGACACGGCGAGUUCGUUGGGUGGAGAGCAGAUGACCAGUAUUGUUUGUAUAAGAAACCAGCAGAGACCCCUCUUCCUGUAACACCACCUCCCUCAUACGGCAACUCCCGCACCAGUGAUCGACAGCAACAGCAGCAGUGAUCCACAACAGCAGCACCAGUGAUCCACAGCAGCAGUGAUCCACAAAAACAGUACCAGUGAUCCACAACAACAGCACCAGUGAUUCUCAACAACAACACCAGUGAUCCACAACAACAGUAACAGUGAUCCAUAACAACAGCACCAGUGAUAAACAACAACAGUAACAGUGAUCCACAACAACAGCACCAGUCAUUCACAACACCAGUGAUCCAUAACGACAGCAGCAGUGAUCCACAACAACAAUAGCAGUGAUCCACAACAGCAGCAGUGAUCCACAACAACAGCGGCAGUGAUCCACAACAGCAGCAGUGAUCCACAACAGCAGCAGUGAUCCACAACAGCAGCAGUGAUCCACAACAACAACACCAGUGAUCCACAACAACAGUAGCAGUGAUCCAUAAUAAUAGCAGCAGUGAUCCACAACAAGAGCACCAGUGAUCCACAACAGCAGCAGUGAUCCACAACAAGAGCACCAGUGAUCCACAACAGCAGCAGUGAUCCACAACAACACCACUGAUCCACAACAGCAGCAGUGAUCCACAACAACAACAGUGAUCCAGACAGUGGCGGAUUUGCCAAUAGAAAGAUUAAGUGGCCACUUAGAGACCCUGACUACUGAUGAGUCAGUGGCGGACCUACAUUUUUGGGGCCUUGAAGCUUGAACUGUUAUGGGGGCCCCUUCGCAAACCCUCCUCAUGCAGUAGACCCAAAAUUCUUAGUAAUGUUGCUUCUGUGGUCCCUCCGGGAUUAGGGGCCCUGAGGCUUAAGCUUCAUAAGUUUCAUAGUACAUCCGCCUCUAUGAGGGUACCUGACUACUGAGGGACUCCUGACUACUUAGGGACCCCUUACUACUGAGGAGCUCUGACUACUGAGGGGCCCUGACUACAGAGGGGCCCCUGACUACUGAGGGGUCCUGUCUACUAAGGGGUCAAGACUACAGAGGGGGUACUGACUACUGAGGGGCCCUGACUACAGAAGGCCCCUGACUACUGAGGGCCGUCCUGAGUACCGAGGGGCCCUACUACAGAGGGCCCCUGACUACUAAAGGGCCCCUGACUACUGAAGGGCCCCUGACUACUAAGGGGGGCCCCAAAUCGUUAACUAUCACUUUCUUAACCUUCCUGAGUUACUCCCGUCUGUAACAUUUUCUAGCAAUUUGUGGCACUGUGGUCUACAAAUAUUGAUGCGCAUAUCAUUAAAAGCUAUUUUGAUUCUGGAAUCAAAAAUAUUUUUAACUUGCUCUCAUAUUUUGUUGAAUAUUUUAGGAAAAAAUAUUCAUUUAUAUGACAACAUGCUGGCAGCAACAGACAUAAAAUCAAUUGUAUUUCAGGCUUAUAAUGUUAUUUUUUUUUUAUUUUCAUUAGGGCCAGAGCUGGCAGCAGUGAGGAGGGGGGCCCCCUUGCUUCCUAACGGGGGCCCUCCUUUCGUAAGAGGGUCCCCCUCCCCUAAGGAGACCACAAUAGAAUUAAUUGUAAUAUUUGGCAUUAAUGGUUUAUCCUAGGUAAAUUUGUAUAUAAUUUACGACCAUAUGGUGCUUUUUGUUGGGUGGUAUGGUUGGUUGAUGGUUUCUUGGGGUCACCGCCCCCCAUACCCGUGGCCCGGUCCAUUAUGGACAUUUAAAACAUUGGUCUGCAACAUAUUUUUAUCCUCUUCAUUGCUCACCAAUGACUAAUUUCUCCCAAUAACUGUGCUACACCGGCGAGGAGUGGAUUAAUAAAGGUAAGGAGUGGGGGGUGGCACUAACACCAGUCAUAACAACAGUCAGUGAUCAACCCUCAUCACGCACUUAUCCACCUCAAACUGCCAAUUUUUUUGUUGUAGUUGUACACAAACUUCUUACUCAAGCUUAGGUGAGUACAGAAUAACACUUAAGUGCAUAUAUUAAUGUGUGUCGAGUCAAAACUUGUGUACAUUAGCUGUGUGGUGAUUGUGUGUGUGUGUGUCAGCCUCCAGGGAGGCUCCUUGAUCUCACAAACUGGACCAGUCCUCGUCUUCCUUGGAUCAGACUUAAUUGCCUCCCAUUUCUACCCAGGCUGUGUGUGACCCACUGCGAAUUUAACGCUUCCUUAUAAAUACAAGCAAUGGGGUAAAAAAUAACUUCGCGUGACCUAAUUUUGUGUUUUCCUGGUGGGUAAUUUACACACACUUCAUUAUGUAUAAUUAAGUUUAUUCAACUACAGGUAUACAUAAAUACAGUUAUAUAAAUUAUCAUACAUAGCAGCAUAUGUGUAGAUUACCUAGGAUAACUCAAAAAAAGUCGAAGUGACUAUUUACAAUAAGGUCCAUGUGAUAAUUCUAGUUACCUAAAUUUGUAUAGCUACUUAUGAGUACCUGUACCUAAAUAAACUUAAACAUUGCCUACACAUGUCAAAGCCAGUCCUAGCAUGAGACAGUUUAGGAAGAGAGCUAAAAGGUAGCUAAUUUCUUGUGUAGUUAACAUUGAUGUACUUAUUAUUGUAAGCUGAUUAUUUUUAAUGUUAAUGUAAGUAACUCGCUCUACUUUAUUCCUGUCCUGUCGUAUCUUAUUUUACUAUAACUGGUUUUCACACACUUGAGUUAUUUAGCUGUUUUAACUUUUUAUUUUAUAAUCAUGAUUGAUUUCUACUGCAACAUACAGUUAAGCUUUAAAUAAUAACGAUAAUUGUACUUAUGUGUACCUGUACCUAAGUAAACUUAUUUACUUAACUUUUAGUCCAAGGAAUUUUAAUUUGACUCGCCUUCCUUGUAUCAGACUUGAUUGCUUCCCAUUCCACCAGGCACUAUGUGACCCUUACAUAUUUAGUGAUUCCUGUGUAUGUAAUAAUAAUAAUUAGUGUGGUGGUGUUUGAGUGGUGUGUGCCUGGGAGUAGGAGACUUGUCUGGGAGGGGUGCCACUCCCCCAAAGGGAACCACACAGGGUGCCACUCCCUCCCAAAGGGCACCACACAGGGUGCCACUUCCCCCAUAGGGCACCACACAGGAUGCCACUUCCCCAAAGGUUACUACUUUUCACAGGGGUGUCACUUAUCUCACAGGGCCACUCCUACAUUGUGCCACUCCUCCCACAGAGUGCCACUCCUCCCAUAGUGCUGCUCCCACAGUGCCACUCCUCCCACAGAGUGCCACUCCCACUGGGGUGCUAGCUUUAAUAAACCCAACAUCUCUGACAGCAUAAAUGGUAGGGAUUUUUCUCUUUUUCAUCUAAAUUUGGUGGCACAGCCAAUGACAAGAAAAUGCAUAUGGAUUGCAUAAUGUUAAAAAUUCUGCACUUUGAACAUUUUUACUUGCAUUUUGAUUAUGAUUCAUAUAGUAUGAGCAUGAAUUACCUAUUCAAAUUCAAAAUUUUAUUUCUUUUUAUGCUGUGCAAAGAUAAUAUAGUUUACAUGUAAUAUAGCAUUGUUAGGCAUAAAAGGAAACCAUUAGUAUGUAAUGCGUUUUGGGCAAACUAAUAAUAAUGCUUUAAGACUACUUAAGAAUUAGACAUAGGCUAUUUAGUAGGAUUUUUUCUUUAGUUAACUACAGUUAUAUGCACAGUAAGAAAGGUAGCUAAAUGAACAAUGGUAUAAUUUUUUAAAAUAUGACUUAUUAUUAUGACAGUAGAAGGUUGCUAAUGGAUGUUUAUAUGAUAAUCAACUGGUUGUAGUAGUUUGUAAAUAAAAUAAGAUUUGCCUCGCAUA